UCACUUCCGGGGCAGCCCGGGUGGCCUGACCUGGGGCGGCUGCCCUGAGCUCUCUGGCGUCGGGUCACGUUGCUCCAGUGCCGGCCACGUCCCCACACCAGCGCGAGGGCUCUUCCCGCCGUUCCAGGGCCGCCGGGCCGCCAAUGGCCCGCGGCGACCAGAUAUGUCUGUUAGCGGACAUCGGCCUGUGUCCCACGUGGGCCACAAAGCAUGCCAGCGCCUGGGAGUGCUCCUCAAAGCUGCUCUCGCCUUCUGCAAAGCCAGACCUCACCUGGUGAGCACACAGACCUCACCUGACGAGCAUACAGCGCCAAGCCUGCAGCUCUCCAAGGAGGAAGAUGGCUCAGCCUGGGAGCACACUCUGAGCAUCUGCCUCUGGAGACCCUCUUGGCGCACUGCCGGGGUGCUGCACCUCACUGAUGCCGGGGGUGAAGGAGGUGCCUCGUAGCAGAGGGGACCCUGGGAGGAAAACGACCAGAGGCUGUCCCUGGACCAGAUCCCUCAGCCAAGCGGCCGGGCGUCGUCGGCAGCCUGAGAACGCCUGGAUGGGAGCCUUGGGGACCACCCAGCCUUGCUCCUGGCUCACCCGCAAAAUGUGGACAGCCCUUGUGCUCGUUUGCGUUUCCUCCUUGUCCUUCUCUGAAGGCCGAGCGACAUCCCAGGAUCCACGGCACUUAGCCUUCAACCAGAUACGAGAUAACUUAGUCAAGAAAAGUGUACCCGAGGAAACAGCUGAAAGCACCUUGAGCAAAACGUCUGAAAAAAUGACCACGAUGACACUCUCUCCUGUCACAUGGACCAAAAGGACUUCAGUAGACAACAGCUCUCUGGCCAUCACAGCAGGAAAACACAGGACAGCUGUGAACACUUCAGCAGUUGUGGCACAUCCCCCUGACCACACGACCUCUGGGGUGCCUGUGCCAUUGGCCCCGAUGUUGGCACCACCCUCUCUGUCUCCCACGGCUGCUCUGGGCACACCCGGGACACAGGCACCCAGUGGCAGCACGUCGACAAAAGCAGUGCCUCUGACGACACUGAACACAAGGGCUCAGCCAGCUGCUGCCACCAUAGCAAAUGCAAGCACCCCCACGGGCACGCAGAGCCCUUCCAAGCACACAUCCAGCCACUCCACAGGCAGCCCCGCGCCCCUCACCCCCCGCCAAGCACUUAAUGGGUCCACACCAGGCUCCACCACACAGGCGUUGACAACUGGGCCUGUGGCGGACACAAGCAGGCCCAUAACCCCAGAGCCCACCUCUCCCUCCGUGGCUUCCGUGUCCACAACAGUGGUGACCACCACCAAGACACAAGCCAAGAGGCCAGCUUCUGUGCCUCCUUCUAGCCCGACCCCUGGGGUGGGGACCACAUCCCCCACUCCGUGGCCAGGCACGCCCCAGACAACGGAGCAGGCCCCAGAUGGAACUGCUUCCACCAGGCCAACGACCGGGAGCUCAGGGGACUCUAAGAUGCCAGUCACGGACUCGUGCCAGCCCAGCACCCAAGGCCAGCACCUGGUGGUCACCACCAAGCCCCUUCCCCUGUCCCCAAACAGAAGUUCACUCCUGGCGGUGCUCUUGCUCGGGGUGACCCUUUUCUUCACAGUCUUGGUCCUGUUUGCCCUGCAAGCCUACGAGAGCUACAAGAAGAAGGACUACACGCAGGUGGACUAUUUAAUCAAUGGCAUGUAUGCCGACUCUGAAAUGUGAGGUGGCGGGAGGCUGGCCUGCGGCCCCAGCUGGACCCUUGGAGGGGUGGGGCCCUUCCCCUUCCAUCUUCCCUCUGAGACCAAACCAAGUGCUUCCAAAUUCUUUGGUGCCAUUUAGGAGCUAUGCCAGAUGCUUAAACACAUUUAAUUACUCUCAGAUUAAUUCCACGAACACAGGGAGUUGCUGCUUUUUUCAUAUUUAUUUUUGUAAACAUGACGGAGCAGUGAUGGGGCCGUGGGGCGGGGCUGGUGAGCCCCGUGUGUCAGAUCCUGGCCAGAAUUAAAGCAAUGACCGCUUUC